GAAAGAAGGUUCCUUUCACACCUAAAAUAAUCAUUUUAACUACAUUCACCAGAUGCAUAUAUUAUAAGUAGCAGUAGUGGUAGUACUGGCCAGGCAGAUCAGAGCAUUCGCCAUUGGACAUACGCUAAUGGAGAGAGCAGGCUCAUCUGAAAAUCCAAUGGGGAAUGUUCAAGAGGCCUAUUGCUUAGCUGAUUUAGUUGAUGAAGCAAAUUUAGCGCGUUUCAUUUCAUUAAGUACAGGCGACACUGCUCAGCCAGACGUUCAUUUUUGUCACAAUUUCCUUGAUUGUGAUACCAUUAAUGGCUGUUUAGUUAUUAAUCAGUUCGAACCUAGUUUUGGACUUCCAUAUGAUCAUGUCGAUAACCCCCCUAUAACACCAUUUUCUGAUCCACAUUCUCUUUUCAAUAAUUUGCCCAACAGUUGCAAUGAACUGAAAGAAGCAGAAGAUGCAUGCGAAUAUUCUUCUGGGACAAUGACAACUACAACUACGUCUGCGCCAAAGAGGAGCAAAAAGGGAGACCGGACAAGAACAUUAGUUCAAGAACAGAGGAGAAGAAGUCGGAUGAAGGACAAGCUGUAUGCAUUACGUGCUUUAGUUCCCAAUAUAACCAAGAUGGAUAAAGCCUCUAUAGUUGGGGAUGCUGCACUAUAUGUUCAAGAUUUGCAAAAACAGGCUAAGAAGUUAAAGGCUGAAGUCGCAAGCCUGGAGUCAUCACUAACAAGAAUGGAGAGACAACAAGGAGGCAUAAAUGACAAUGAAAACAAGAUUCGAACUGCAGACUUCUAUCCAACAAUUAAAAUAAUAUUGCAGAUAAGUGUGUGUCAAGUGGAAGAGAAUGGAUAUUAUGUAAGAGUAGUGUCCAACAAAGGUCAUGGAGUCGCAGCCUCGCUUUACAAAGCUCUUGAUUCGUUAUCCACCUUCAUUCUUCAUUCUUCCAACUUGGCUACUCAAAAUGAAACUGAUACUUUUCAUUUCACAUUCAAUCUGAACGUCAAAGAAGUCGAAUCUGACAUGAAUGCACCAAAUAUGAAGCUAUGGGUAGCUGCGGCAUUUCUUAACCAAGGAUUUGAUUUAAAACAACCUCUGUAGGUCUAGCUCUGGACUCGAUAUUACAAGUUUGAUGCAGGCGUCAUGUGCACUGUCGACCAUUUGGCCAAGCUUAUUAAUUUGGCCAUCAAACACGUCAGGCCAUGCACUAUGGGCCUAAUUUAGCACAAUCUGUGUAUGCCAUACUCCCUCCGUCCCAGUGAAUUGUAUACAGUUUCCUUUUUGGGACGUCCCAUCAAUUGUAUACAUUCCAAAAGUAGUAAAUUUUUAUAAUAUAAAAUAUCAUUACACCAACUACUUUCCUCCACUAUCUCUAUUCUAUAAUAAUAUAAACACUAUUACACCCACUACUUUCCUCCACUAUCUCAAAUCUAUUAUUAAAUAUAAAUGGGUCCCACCAUUAUACCUACUUUUCAUCUAACUUUACUCAUUUUUUACACAAUUUCUUGGUCUCCGUGUCCCAGCCAUUUGUAUACAAAUGACUGGGACGGAGGGAGUAACAUAUUUGGUUGGCUGCUCUACUUUUAAAUGUUGCCUACACCUGCUUAAUUUGUUAGGCUUGUGUAGUACACCUUAUUUGCCAGUUUUAUCAUAUCUGCUUGUAGUAAUAUGUUGUCAAAAAAUUCUGAUUCAAGAUAAAAUAGCCAGCCCCUUUGAAUAAUAUUCACC